AUGCCCUCUCUGCCCACUGAGGCUGUCCAGAACCUCGCUAAAUCGCCACAGGCUGGAAAUGCCACCCAAACAGCCUCCCAUCCGAUAAAGAACGGCGAGUCGUCCACUCAUGCGAACGGUCCGAAAGACGUACCGGCGCCGCAAGUGGAGGCCGCUACCAGCUCGGACAUGCCGAGGCAAACGCAGAAGGACGGGCCAAAAUACAUACAGCCGGAUCAUUUCUCUCCGAUGAACAACAACCCAAAUGGACCAGAAGUGCCUGCUCGUGGAAUCCCGAAUAUUGGAGAUGGCUGGUUGUCACCCGAAGAUGACCCCUCCGCCCUGAGAGGUAUACCGGUGUUCAAACCUACUAUGGAGGAGUUCAAAGACUUUGAAGGGUAUGCCCACAAGACGACAGCCUGGGGCCAAUACUCUGGCAUUUGCAAAAUCAUCCCCCCCACCGAAUGGACUCAGUCCCUACCCCCCAUCUCCGCCUCCACACUCUCUUCUGUCGAGAUCAAAGAGCCCAUACAGCAAAAUCUGAUUGGAUCAGGCGGCCUAUUUCGCAUAGCUAACGUCGCGCGCAACAAGCGUCGGCCCUUGACUAUAGAAGAGUGGUUCGACAAGUGUCAAGAGAAAAAGUUCACUGGACCAGGACCGAAAGAUUUGGAUAGGACGGUCAAUCGGGACUCAAAAGAGGCGAUUGAACACCGGGCGAGGGUGAAACAGGAGAUCCAGCAGGAGAAGGAGAGGAAGAAGGAGGAGAAUAAGAGGAGGAGGGAGAAUAAGGCGAAGAAAGAGGCGGACGCCGCAGAUGAGGAAUCGGCGAUGAACGAGAGCGGUAAGAGGCAAGACUUGAACCGAACGACGUUUGUCAAGCAAGAGUCCAGUCUGCUUUUCCCCAACCCGACAGAACCUGAAUCGGACGAUCCAUCCCUGGCAGGUGAACCUCGCCCAUUCUACCGUACCUUUGAUUACACAAGAGACUGGCUAGCGGAGGGUACGACGCUGGAAGACUACACCCCGGAAUCGUGUGUUGCCCUCGAAAGACGGUUAUGGAAGAAUCUAGGGCUGGGCGAACCUAGUUGGUAUGGGGCAGAUACCGAAGGAACGCUCUUUGCGGACAAGGACACCCCUUGGAAUGUUGCCCACCUGCCAAACCUACUCAACAGGUGGGACCUGAGGCAUCUGCCGGGUGUCAAUACCCCUUAUCUAUAUUUCGGAAUGUGGGGCGCGUCUUUCGCUUGGCAUGUUGAAGAUAUGGACUUGUUUUCAAUCAACUACAUCCACUUCGGUGCCCCUAAAUUUUGGUACGCGAUCCCCCAACAACAAGCCGAGCGAUUCGAACGCGUCCUUCAAGCCUACUUUCCCGAGGAAUCUCGUGCCUGCGACCAAUUCCUCCGUCACAAAUCUUUUGCUGUGUCGCCUUACCGCCUAGCCAAAGAAGGGUUGCAUGUGAAUAUGCUACAGCACAAUCAGGGCGAGUUUGUCAUCACGUAUCCACGAGGCUACCAUGCGGGGUUCAACAUGGGUUUCAAUUGCGCAGAGAGUGUCAAUUUCGCCUUGGAGAGCUGGGUUGAGUUGGGUAGACGGGCAAAGGCAUGUCAGUGUGUCAACUACAGUGUAAGGAUAGACGUCGAUGAGAUGCUUUCAAGCGAAGCAAAACGGCUUCGAGGUGAACAAGAGCUCUUGGAGGCUAUCGUAGAGGAACGCAAGAAGCCUCGGAAGAGACCUUCCAGCGAAGACAAGGCCACACCGCGCAAAAAGAUCAAGUCUGCUCCCAGCGUGCUCGACUUGCCUAUCGAACCACCCGUCGCCCCGCCCCGGCCUGCCCCUGCGCCAAAGAAACGUCCCCCGAAAAAGGUCCUGCCGUUAUCUAGCCCCGCUGUUGAAACAAAAGCCGUGCCACCUCGCGACAUCCGUACAUGCCCAUGCCCAUGCCUGUUCUGUCCCGGCUCUUCUGUCGAAGACCUCCUCCCAGUCUGGGCUCCUCCAGAAUCGGUCAAAGCGAAAUGGUACCCACGCGAUGGGCCCGUCACAGUACAUCAUAGUUGUGCCCUUCCCAUGCCCGGCGUUGGUAUUGAAGAUAUGCAGCUGGCAGACGGGAGCGUAAGGGCGUUUGUGGUGGGAGCGGAGAAUGUCCAAGGGGCGAGGUGGAAUCUUAAAUGUGCGUCGUGCAGUGAUAAAAGGAUGCAGAAGAUGGGCGCCAAGUUACAGUGCACCAAGGGAAAGUGUCCUCGGGCUUUCCAUGUCUCGUGCGCCCAUGUGGAUGCCUCGGUUCGACUAAAUGUUUGGGUCGUCGAGCCCCCACCACUGUCGACUCAUCCUUCACCUGUGAAUACACCAGAGGUGGAGGAUCCCAUCAAAGUCGAACUGCUCUGUCCGCAACAUAACCCUGACAUGAAAGAGAGGCUUGAGAAACAAAAGGCUCAGGCACUGCGAGACAAGGUGUUGUCGAUUCCGCUGGGGUCAAAAGUCAAGAUCAAGAGCGAAGGAGCGUCGUUGGAGUAUGUUUUGCUUGCAAUCAGUGGUCAGCUGGAGCAGAUAUCUGUUCAAGUUCCUGCAGGGGAGCGGAGCGUCUUUCCAUGGUCUAGCAUCGAUCUGAGGCCGAGUCAGGUGAAGAUGCAGGAGAACGAGUAUGCCCGAACGCAUACACACACUCGCCGUCCUGAUCCAGCCUCGACGGACGCACCUCGACCAAGCCCCACCCCUCAGCCCGCACUUGCAAGGCCGUUGAGAAUGGACGAGAUGCUUAACCCUACACCAUCGGGUAGGCAACGGUACGAAGACUCGUUCAAGAGACAGUCCAACAUGCCUGUCCCUGUUCCGUCGAGUCACUAUAUUCAAGCACUUGCACCUAUUCGUAUGGUUCAUCCCCAUCCAAUGACAUGUCCACCUUCCCUAGAGUCAUACGCUCUUCCCAGUCAACGGCAUCAACCUCGACCUCAGUCGUUCCAUGACGGCGCCCAGCGAUCUACGUUGGCAACAGGGCCCCCUCCGCCGCAGACGUGGCCUCGAAACCCACCCGUGACUUCACAGAGUGGCUAUCCUGGGUACAUUCAUAGCGCCAUCACUCCCUAUCACUCUCUCCCUCUUAACGGCAGACCGUCUAUCAGCGCAGAUCCUCGAACCUCUAAUUCUGCCGCCCAGGACCCUGCGGCUCCGGCUUCCCAAGCGGGCCCUCCUCCCCCUGUUGGAUCUGACGCCUCUGGGGUUGGCAAGAUCGACCUUGGGCUUUCGAGGAUGCAGACUAUCAUGUCAGGUCUACAGCCAUUGACCGUGCCUGCCAUCCACUUGUCAGGGACCAAUGGAAAGGGCUCGGUCUCGGCUCUUCUUGAAUCCGUCUUCAUGGCUGCAGGCCUUCAGGUGGGCAGAUAUAACUCUCCCCAUCUGCUCGAGCCACGCGAUGCCAUUCGGAUCAACGGGAUCCCUCCUAGCAAAGAGAAGUAUGAGGAAGCAAAUCGCAUAGUGGAGGGCAUCAAUCGCGGCUCGAAGCUCGGGGCCACGUCCUUUGAAAUUGCCACAUCGGCUGCGCUCUGGCUCAUCAACGAUCUCAGAGUCGAUGUCAUGAUCAUCGAAUGUGGUAUGGGUGGCGCUCGAGAUGCGACCAACAUCCUACCGCCGGAGCGAACGCUGGCUUCCGCGCUGACGACAGUCGGUUUGGACCAUACCAAUCUCUUGGGCGACACUAUAGCAAAGAUCACCCACGAAAAGGCUAGUAUCGCCGUCGAAGGUGCCGUCUUCGUGGUGGGCCGCCAGAUGCAUGAGGAGGUGCCGCAUGUAGCUCGAGGGGUUGCAGAAGCAAGAGGGGCUAGGGUCUUCGAUGCUCUCCCCACGGAGAUUCAUUCCGUGCGACUCCCGCCAAUGUCACUAUAUCCUUUCCGUCCGCCCCCGGCAAUCCCUGUCAGGACGCAUCUUUCUCCCAUCCGCGAUCUGGGUUUCUCGGUCAUAGAUACCCAGAUGCCUCUUCCUGGUAAACACCAGCUUGACAACUUGUCUGCCGCGCUAGCCAUCCUACACGCUCUUCGAAAUGAUGCUCGAGCUUUGGACAUUAUGCCUACUCUGGGCCGUCUGUCAGAUCACAUCAUCCAGCGGGGUGUCUUCAAUUGUCAUUGGGAAGGAAGAUGCUCCUGGAUCGAUUGGAGAGAUGGGCAACGUAGUUACCCUAUCCUGGUCGAUGGAGCUCACAAUGCGGACUCUGCGCACGCUCUGAGAGGGUACCUCAAUUCGCUUGAUGUUGAAGGGCCACGACUGCCUACGCGCUUUAUCCUCUCUCUCUCAUCUUCCCCGGGCAAGACAGUUGAGAGUGUGCUAGCGCCUCUCCUCCUCCCAGGAGAUGAAGUCGAAGUCGUUGAUUUCACCACACCAGUCGAGGGCAUGCCUUGGAUCAAGACUGUGCCGGUAGAGGAAGCGGCCCAAGUUGCCUCUCGCUAUGUCGGACCCCAAGCAGUUGUGAUGGGUGGUAAAGGGGUCAAGGGUGUGCAUCGUGCUCUGGUUCGAGCUAGAGAUGAAGGGAGAUUACCGGUGGCAUGUGGGAGUCUGUAUCUGGUAGCAGAUGUCUACAGAGUAUUACAGGGCGCGAGAUGA